ACAAAACAAUAUGGCUGCCGGUUCAGACAAGAAAUUGAAGAUCGGUCAAAAUUAUAGGAAAAUUAUGUUUUUUAUUUCAAAAAUCGAUUAAAUGAAGACUCUGAAUUAAAAUGUGGGAGAAAUAUAUUUUGUAUGAAAAAUAUAACAUUCAGAGUUUUUGAUAUUAUUUAUAAUAAUAAUAAUAUUGCAAAUGAUAACAUAGAACCAGCUGAUUGCUAUGAAUCAAAUCAGAAGCAGCAACAUAAUGGUACAUAACCUCCAAUUUUGUUUGUACGUUCUGAAUGAAAGAAAUAUCUGAGUUUUAAUACUUGAAUAGGAAUUAUUUCAAUAUUUAAAUAUCUCAUGAGAUAAUAAUUUUCAAUCUUCAUAGCCUUGAAUCUAUUUUGUUAUAAUAAUGAGUCUAUAUAGAAUAUUUUUAAAAUUGAGGUCUCCUUUAGCAGAGGCUAAUUCAUGGACCCCAAUGGUUCUCUAUUCAUCAAAAUCUCAUCCUGAUAUGCCAAAGAAUUUACUAGAAGACUUUUACAACGGUCAUCUUCAAAAGGAGUUUGGUAAUAUCUAUGAUAAAAAGCCGUUCAAAGUGUUUUUGGACGAGAAAAAGACAUAUCUAUGGUGCACUUGUGGGCAAAGCAAAAAUCAGCCUUUCUGUGACGGAACACACAAGAGUCCUUACCUCAAGAUCAAAUUACGCCCAGUAAAGUUCGCCGUAGAAAAAAGUCAAGAUUAUUGGUUAUGUAAUUGCAAACAAACGCUCAACCGCCCAUUCUGCGAUGGAACUCACAAAAAAGAAGAAAUACAAUCGAAAUAUCUCUAAACGUCUACUUGUCAAAUGUGUGUAAUGUAUAAAAAUAUUAGUGUUAUUAGUUGAAUAAAAUAUCAUUAAAUGAAAUAAAUGAAAUGUUUCUGUUUAAAA